UAAGUGAGUAUUAGCAGAAAUGGCUGUUAUUCAGCCAGAGGAGACCAGCACUGAGUAUGUCAGCUGUCAACGAAAUGGAUGGACAAUUCCUCCAGAUCUGUAUCAACUCAUUGCCUGGGCUGGUGAAAUCUUUUUCAUACUGAUAAACUAUGGAAUGAUUGUUCCUUCCCUUCCUGGAGAAUUGCAAGCCGUAUGUUACGUUGUGAACGGCUUGGCUACUGUGGCACACAUCCUGUGUGUAUUAAUUACAACCUCCAUCAACACAGUGCACGAGGCCGUGUUACAGAAACCAGUGCAACGGACGUUGGCCAUCUUUGACAGGGAGAAAUAUGAUCACGUCAUCGAGGAUCAGUACUGUCACCUCUGUGAAAUCAAUGUCGAUGAGAAAACCAAACAUUGCAGAGCCUGCAACAAAUGCAUUGCACACUUUGACCACCACUGUGAAUGGCUCAACAACUGCAUUGGCAGAAGAAAUUAUCGAUGGUUCAUAAUGACACUCAUAACUGGUGUGGUUUCAUUUUCACUCAUCCUAUGCACAUCCCUAGCCCAGUUCACCGGGUACUUCACUGAUAGGAUGAGUGGCAGAAUUCUCCAACCAUACCAAGGGAAUGGAUCCAACAAUGCCGUCUUUUUUAUUAUUUGCCAACCCAUACCAAACUGGCUCUGGAUGACAUUGCAGUCUAUGAUCAUAUUUUUCGGCAUCACAUGUGUCUCUUUAAUGAUUGCUCUCCUUGGCUUACAUUGCUACACAGGUUAUAAAAAGAUCAGUACAUUUCGUCUUAUUAUGCAAAAGCGAAAAGCCAAAGAAGAAGGAUCCCAACAAGAGAGAUCGAAACCGAAAUGCCUUCUUUCAAGAAAAAUCUGGGCCAACAUUUUCAAAGUGAAUCGUGUCGAUCCUUUAAAAGAAACCAUUCCAGAUGUUGAAAAUGGAUUAUUUUCAAGUAUCAACAACGGAGAAUCUCAUGGACCAUGUGUUGACCGCCAUGAACAGUCAGAACUUCAAGGUUCAACAUCCAGCCACCAGGCGUCUUCACAGUCUGUUGCGAUCCAUUCAGCAGAUGCGAACACCAAUAUAGGACCACAGCAUCUGGAACCCAUUGCUUAAGUAGAGCCUUUGAAAUCUGGACAGCCUCCCUGGACCUGACAGGAGUAGCUGCAAAGUUUGUGACGCGUUUAAUGUCAAGUGUAGAAUCCUUAUCACUGAGUCUAAUUCCUGCUACAGGCAUACGUCUCUUUGGUCCUAUCUUAAUUUACAA